AUGCCAGACGUGCUGCCCGCUUUCCUGGCGUGGAUAUCUGGCCGCCCGUUGGCUGCAGUGGCACCCUUGGUCAACAGUUCUUGCAGGCUUCUCCCCAAUGCUGUGCGCAUUUCGGGCUGGUCGCACACAAUGGGCGGAGUUAUGAAACGGAUUGCCGAGGCCACCCCAGGUUGGCCGCUGAAGAUACAGCACAUGAGACAUUUAUGUAGGUUCUUCCAUAACCAAGGCUACCGGAGACAUUUGCAACGUCUACUGCGAGAUCGGGGCCUUGAUUUGGAUAAGAAGCUCAAGUUUUUCACAGCCUCGUUUGCGAAGUGGCGGUACGAGACGGUGGCGGACGUUGUCUGCCAGUUGGCCGAGCUGCGGGAUCUUUGUGAAUUGCACAUGCACGAAUCGCUUUUUCCAAAUAUUCAAGAGAGGGAGUUGUUGCGGGACGUCUUGGUGGCUUGCCGGGACCGCUCGCUGUGGAAAUGGAUAUGCGCCUCCCACGCGGAGGUCUUCAAACCGCUUGAAAGCUGCAGGCGGUGGGGCAUGAAGUGCGCGUGCCAUUACCCGCCAGGCCUGCGCCCACUGGCAGGCCACGAGGAGUGCCCGCUCAGGAGCAGACGGUUGAAAGAUGCACAUGCAGAGAUUCAGCGUCGACGUGAUUAUUUCCUUGAACGUGCCAGGCUUUUUCAAGCUGCGGACGAGGAGGGCGCUGGGGAACUCACGGUGGCGCUCGCCACCAGCUUCCGGCUGGCAGCAUCUGACUUGGACAUGCGUUUCCAGUACCUCUCCAGGGCGCCGUGGUGCUUCUCUCAGUGUGGGUCGGCUGCAGGUGCGCGCGAGUUUCUCAACCAGGUGGAACUCGUCCACGUGUCUGGGCAUGACCCUUUGACCCGAAGACUCUUGGACCAACAUGGGCCGCACCUUGUCGCCCUCGCUGCAGGCGGGGAGUGCCCGGAUCCCUUGGCAGAAGCCGUGCGGCUGUUCAACUUGGCGCCGCUGGAUGAAAGCCCUGGCGAGGGGUACCACAGAUCAACCCACUCAGUGCGACAGCGUGCCCCUGGAGCCACCGUCCACUACAUCAAACAAGACCUCCGCCUCGCCGAGAACAUCCAGAGGUGCAGGCAGUUCAUCCGUACUCACGGCGAGCCAGGAAAAGAUGUCUUCUGCUUCGAGUGGCGUUGUUGGACCAGGAUUCUCCAGACAUCGCCAGCGACGCCUUUCAGGCGAGUGAAAAUCAAGCGGAAAGCAGCUUUCGAUCGCAUUUACAGGUCAGACGACAUGGCCGCCGAGGACUGGAGCGGCACGUGCUCCCGGAGCUCUCCAUUUCCAGCGCCUCUGCCGUUGAAGACCACAAACGCACGACAGGUGCAGCUGGAGUACAUCACCUCCGUGCUCGCCCCCCUCCAAUGGUUUGUCGUGCAGAGGCAGUCGCGUGCGAUUGGGCCUGACGGCGCGGCUGUGACCGAGACAGUGCGCGAUUGUUUCCAAGUCUUGCGAUUGCAAUCUUCGCGGUCACGAGCGCACCUCAUGCCGACUGCCGACUCGCACUUGCAUCCUGAGGCGCUCCCUGUGGUUGCCGUGAACAUUCAGCGGUGCGAUGUGCAGGAGGGCGACGGCGAAGGUUCAGUCUUUGUGCACGCAGCGGAGGACCCCCAGUGGGUCCAGCCAGAGGCCAUCUGCAGUUUUACUGACUUCAGGCGGUCAGCCAUCCGGCACCGCCAUGCAGUUGGCUGCGUCGGCAGGCCAGGCACCAUUCAAUUGUCGAGUCCUGAGGCAGCGAGGCCGCAGCAUCCGCUCACUGAUGAGAGAUGUCCGACGUGGUCCAUCCUCGACGAGCUUCGAAAACGAGGUUGGAAGUUCGCCCAAGGAAAAUGCGUGCAUCGCUCUUCUGAUCCGGCAGCCAUGGUCAUGGACGGGCGGGAGGCAGUGCGCAUGGAGCUGUAUUACAUGGUUCUUCUGAAUCUCGGCGUUCGUUUAACGCAGACAAGUUGCAUCCCAUCGGAUCAACCGCAGAUGUUCUACCGUUUGUUGCUCGAUGGGAAGCACGUCGAGCCUGGCCUGGGCGAUGCGCAGUACAAGCGCAUCGCCGCCGCGGAGCCGCUGGCGCUGCCCGCCCCUCCUGUGCCAGAGGAUCCCGAUGAUGAUGAUGAUGUUGUUGUGGCGGGGGGCCAUGUGCCCGUGAUUCCAAAGGCGCCCCCGCGUCCACCAGCACUUGCGCCAGCCCCUCCAGCGGCCGUGGUCCUCGAGCCGCCGGCGCCCCCUGCCCUUCCAGGACCACCGCCAGCCGAGGACGACCUCGUAGUCGCAGGCGCUGCUGGUUGUUCUGGGGGAAAGGGGCCGGCUGGCGGGCGCACGCGCCGCUCUCGGAGGAGUUGGUGUCCCGCGCCGUUCGGCGACGGCUUGGUGGAGCUCGAGAAACCAGGGCGGUUGUUAUCCACAAGCCUUGGGGCUGCGCUCUCGGCGGCGGCGGGCAAGUACGAACAUGCAGUGCACAGGUCCUACAAGAAUUGGAUAUGCCAGUGUCCUCGGCACGACGGCUGCGAGAAGAAGAGGAUCGUUUCGGACAAGAGCGGGGGAGUGCUGGGGGCCCUCGCUUACGUGAUGGCGUGGCGCGAUGUGGAGCUCCCAGAAGGGGCAUCCGCAAAAUGCCACAAUCAAACCAAGCCGUCGCCAGCAGCAGUGCAGCAUGUCCUGGAUACUCGUCAGGCGGAGUUGCAGGAGUGCUGCGACCGGCGUCAAAGCAUGUCUGACGAUGACAUGUUCGUCCCGGUCGCCGCCCCUGUGCCCCGAACCGACCGGCAGCCACCCGCCGAGUGCAAGACGUGUGAGAAGCCCGUGCACGUGGGCCAGGCGCCGUGGCGCGGUUGUAAAAACCAACACCACGACUGCGGCGCGGCCGUGAAACAGUUCGUGGCCUCCCUGGCGCGCCCAGCCCGCACCGAGGUCAGGGAGCAGUACGACUCCUUGUCGCCCGAGGAUCAGCAGCACUGCCACAAGGCGGUGGUCACAGGCGGCCGGGGCUCCGAGGGCAUCGAGAACGGAGUGAACAUGGUCCAGACGAUGUACAGGGUCGCCGAGGUGAGGGCCCGCAACGGCUCGGAGCUUCUCGACCGCGGCGAGUUUAUCGCCUUCCAGAUGUACAGGCGCGGCAAGACUAGGAACGUCGCCGAGAUGAACUGGAAGAAGCUCGAGGACAGCAAGAAGACGGUCCAGGACAAGGGCAAGACCAAGGUCUGGGUGAAUCUCCCGAAGCAGAUCUUGCACGACGACGUCGCCGGCUCCAGGUUGGCCCAGGAUCCCCGGAGGUUCACAGUGGACCCACAGUCGGCGAGGUGUCUCAUGCGGGAGGGCGUGCAGCAGACCGCAGCUGCCGCCGCCGCGGUGGGUGCCCCGGCCGUCGUGCACUCCGACUCCGACGGGUCCGACGAGCUGCCGAAGGGUGGCGGGUCCGAGGACAACGAUUCUGACGACGCUCCGUCCUUGUCGGCCGCUUCGGCGGCUGCGUCGAGGCCGGCGCCCGGAGGUCGCAAGGGCGCCGCGUCCCCGGCUGCUGCCGCGGCUCCUGCCACGGGUGGCAAGCGUGCGGCCGCGGCGCACGAGGAGGCCCCGAAGAACGGCAAGAAACCAAGGACCCCGCUGAAGCAGAAGACCUCCCCGGCUCUCGUGCCAGUCGCGGACUUGCCCGCGACCGCGAACACCCCCGUGGAGCUGUCGAACGCGAAGAUGUCCUUGCGGGCGGCGGCGGCCGCCCAGAUGGCCACCUUCAAGGACGGGGACGUCAGCAAAGUGGCGGCGAUGCUGAAGGCCCUCGCCCCGUACAAGGAGCACCCCGACGUGAAGUGCCUGGGCUACUCGCAGGCGAACGCAGCGCUGGAGGGCUUCUCGCGCGAGAUCGACGAGUGGACGGUCCCACUGGACGUGGACAGCAAGCGGAAGGAGUUCCAGACGUUGUCCGAACGCCUCGACACCCAGCUGAACACGCUCGCCGGCUACGUAGAGAUUGCCGAUGUCAUCUCUGCGCAGAAGAAGGACGAGGAGACGGCGGCCAAGAAGAGCGCCAAGGGCCACGUCGACAGCGUUGCCGCCAAGCUCUCCCGGGGCGGCACUCCUUCGGGCGUCUCCCGGGUCAUGGCGGGCGUGUUGUGCGAGCAUCUCAAGAAGCCCGCCGAGUCCAGAUCUCAGACGUAUUCGUCCGCGUACCCGUUCGAGAUCAGUUGGUCGGAGGGGGAGAGCUACGAAAAUGUGUUUUUGCUGCCGCGCGGCAUCCCUGCUGGCUCGGAACCCAAGCACCACUGGCACGUGCAGCUCGAGCAGGUCCUCAGCACGGAGGCGGCCACCCUCAAGGAGAAGAGCAACGCCGCGAGGAAGAAGGUGGAGGACUGCCAGGGCACGCACGCGAACGGCACGGUGCAGCUGGGCAGCGAGCUCGUGUGGAACCCUGCCGGUGGUGACGCUGGGCCGUUCCAGGUGGUGCCCGGCGUGCGGCCCAACUUGGUGACGAUGCAGGCUGGCGCCUACCUGUGCAGCCGCCAGGCGAUGCCCAUGGCUGGUUGCGGCAUGUUCAUGUCGGUCGUGGAGGGCACUGCG